CUGAUUAUGAACAUGAGAUUGGUUUGUGUGCUCCUAGCGAUAUGCACAGCAAUGGCUUUAAUCUUAGGCUGGAUAUUCCGAACGAGACAAGAGAAGCCCCCCGUUUGUGAGAGCCAGCAGCAGGAUUUAUGUUUGAAGGACAGAGGCCAAGAUGGACAAAGCUUCAUCUUUGCUGAUCUAACACCGGAAGAGAUGGUACAAGUGAAGAAAUACUUAUGGAAGAACCUUGCAGCGCCUUUAGUGGAACCCGCUCGAGCCAAGCCAUCGGACAACUGCAUUUAUUCCAUUGUUCUUCAUCUUCCCCCCAAAGCAGAGGUGCUGGAAUUCCUGGAUCGCUAUGGGAGAAAACCUACACGAGAAGCUCUGGCUGUGGUCCACUUUGGAUACCAAGAGGACCCAAACAUCACUGAAUACGUAGUGGGUCCUCUUCCAAAGCCAAGAUAUCACCAAGAUAUCACAAUACAAAAGUAUGGAGGGAAGCUGCCAUAUCAUCGAAGAUUUUUUAUGGGAAGUGAACGAAGAGAAAUCAACAUUCUCUUGAGCAAGGAAUAUCUUAAAGCUCCAGAUUUUAUGCUCAGGGUAUUAGAUUAUAAUGGAAGCAACCUUGUGAAGCUCCUUGCUGUGCCACCGGGGUUUAAAUCUGGAGACAGGAAAGUCUGGAUGGGUCAUUUCCAGAAUGUUUCUGGGGUUUGUUUGCAUCCAGUUGGAUUGGAGCUGCAAGUGGAUGUUAGAAGCUUGAAUGUUUCUGAGUGGAAAGUGCUGAAUGUGUUCUAUAAUGGGCAAUAUUUUAGGGACAUGGAAGACCUUGAAAGACAAUUCAACGAGGGGAAAGUUAAAGUGGCCAAAGUAAAGAAGGCUCCUCGAGAUGGGGGUUAUUCAUCAUUGAAAUCAAGGGCCCCACCCGAGCUUCCAGGCCCUCUGCAAUAUGAACCUCGUGGUCCACGCUACUGCAUUAGAGACAACCAAGUCACCUUUAUGUCUUGGAGCUUUGCCUUUGGAAUGGAAGUCAACAGAGGACCACGUAUCUUUGAUGUUAGGUUUGAGGGUAAGAGGAUAGUCUAUGAAUUAAGUGUGCAAGAUGCGUCUGCCCUCUACGGGUCCAAUAGUCCAGGGAUGAUGCUUACCAGGUACAUGGACCUAGCCUAUGGCCUUGGGAAAGGGGCUUUCACCCUUAUCCGGGGCGUUGAUUGUCCUUAUUUAGCGACUUUUUUGGAUGCGCACUAUUUCCAUGAUUCCUCACAACCUAUAGCCCACAAAAACUCUAUCUGCAUUUUUGAACAAAACACUGAGGUUCCAGUACGACGCCAUUAUGAGCACUUACUCUCUGCAUUUUAUGGAGCGUUAGCAGAUUCUGCUCUUGUCUUCCGUUCCAUCUCUGUAAUGGGUAACUAUGACUACAUCUGGGAUUUCAUCUUUCAUCAAAAUGGAGCGGUUGGCGUCAGAGUGUUUGCCAGUGGGUACGUUCAGACUUCUUUCUUCUUCAAUGAUGCCGCAGACUUUGGGAAUCGGAUCCAGGAGUUCACCCUGGGAACAAUGCACACUCACAAUAUUCAUUACAAAGUGGACUUGGACGUUGGUGGUGUGAAAAACUCUCUGAUGACCAAUGACAUGAACUUCACUAAAGCGAAAGCCCCCUGGGACCCAGAGCAAGAGAUCCACCAGAUGAAGCUCAAAAGAAAACGCUUGGAGACAGAGAACGAGGCCGCCUUCCGCCUUCGUGACAACGUCCCCAGGAAUAUCCAUUUUACAGCCAACAGCACCAAUAGGUGGGGACAUGACCGUGGGUAUCGGAUUCAGAUCUACAGCUUCUCUGGGGAACACCUACCGGAGUCAGAUCCUAUGGAACGAGCCAUCAGUUGGGGCCGGUACAAGUUGGCCGUCACCAAGCGGAAAGAGGAAGAACCGUUCAGCACCAGCGUCUACAACCAGAAUGACCCCUGGACCCCUUCGGUUGCCUUCGAGGACUUCAUAAACAACGAGACCAUUACCAAUGAGGACCUGGUCGCCUGGAUCACUGUCGGCUUCCUGCACAUCCCACAUGCAGAGGACAUCCCUAACACAGCGACUCUUGGGAAUGCAGUCGGCUUCAUGCUGAGACCCUACAACUUCUACGACGAUGAUCCUUCGAUGUAUUCUCCGGAUAGCGUUUUCUUCACCAACAAACAGGAUCUGACUUCCUGUGCUAUCAACCAUCUCGCCUGCCUGGGCAAAGUGGCUUCCUGUUUGCCGAACUUCCCAGCUUUCAGUUACGAGGGCUUUCAAAAUCUGACAGGGCUGUGAAAACUUC